CGUCAUCGCGUAGGCGCAUUUCUAUUCAUCGCUUGUAGCCUGCUCUCUCUCUCUCUCUCUCUCUCUCUCUCUCUCUCAGCAACAAAACCACAUAGCAGAUAGGUGGCACGCCCUUGGCCUUGCUCAUCACCGCUCAGCACGUUCGCCAACCAUCCCGGCCUCGGCCUGCACGACGCCGCUACCCUGGCUCCCUUUCCCGUCGCCGCCUACGGAGCAAGCAGCGGUGGAGGUUGAGAAGAAGCCGCCGGAGGAAGAAGACAAGAAGAAAUCCGGCGGGGGAGGAGGGCAACAAGCAGGUGGUCAAGGUGCAGCUCGCAUGUCUUGUAAUGCUCCACUUCUUGGAACUUGAAGGUCCCCUAGGAGGAAGCUCACCUAGUGGCCGCGCUUGUCGACCCAUAUGAUGGCCUGGGAAGGCGCCAUUGGGAUCGAUCUUGGCACGACCUACUCCUGCGUCGCCGUCUGGCAGAACGGCCACGUCGAGAUCGUCGCCAACGAGCAAGGCAACAGAACCACCCCAUCCUACGUUGCCUUCACCAGCUCCAAGCGCCUCAUCGGGGAUGCGGCCAAGAACCAGGCCGAUAUGAAUCCGGCUAACACAAUCUUCGAUUCCAAGCGGCUCAUUGGUAGGAGAUUUACUGAUGCUUCUGUACAGAAUGACAUUAAGCACUGGCCCUUCAAGGUCAUUUCUGGACCUGAAGACAAGCCUAUGAUUGCUGUUAAAUACAAGGGUGUGGAGCAGCAAUUCGCAGCUGAAGAGAUUUCCUCAAUGGUUCUCGUCAGGAUGCGGGAGACAGCUGAAGCCUACCUUGGCAGCACCAUCAAGAAUGCUGUUGUCACUGUUCCUGCUUGCUCCACCGACUUGCAGCGGCAGGCCACCUGGAAUGCAGGAGUGCUUGCUAGUCUGAAUGUAAUGCGUAUCAUCCCUGAGCCGACUGCUGCUGCUAUGGCUUAUGGCCUUCACAACAAGGUUACCGAGUGGGGUGUGGUAGAGAAUGCUCUCGUCUUUGACCUUGGAGGUGGUACCUUUGAUGUCUCCCUUGUCGAGAUCGAGUUUUAUAUUUUUGAGGUCCUGGCCACAGCUGGCGACCCUCACCUUGGUGGUGAGGACUUUGACAACCGCAUGGUGAACCACUUCGUCCAAGAGUUUAAAAGAAAGAAGAAAAAGGACAUCAGUGGCAACCCCAGGGCUCUUAGGAGACUGAGGACAGCCUGCGAGAGGGCGAAGAGAACCCUCUCCUCCACUGAAGAGGCCGUCAUUGAGAUCAGUUGUUUGUAUGAGGACAUCGACUUCUACUCAACCAUCACCCGUGCCAGGUUUGAGGAGCUCAACAUGGAUCUCUUCAGGAAGUGUAUGGACAUUGUGGAGGACUGCCUCAGGGAUGCUCGCAUGGACAUGAGCUCAGUUCAUGCUGUUGUUCUUAUUGGUGGCUCCUCUAGAAUUCCAAAGAUUCAGCAGCUUCUUCAGGAGCUCUUCAACGGGAAGGAGCUUUAUAAGAGCAUCAACCCUGACGAAGCUGUUGCCUAUGGUGCUGCUUUACAGGCUGCCCUUUUGACCGGACCGAACAACGACAAUGAGGGUUGGAUGAGCGACCUCCUUUUGUUGGAUGCUACCCCACUUUCUCUUGGUUUGGGGACGAAAGGGGGCGACAUGACAGUGAUGAUUCCAAAGAACAGGGCGAUCCCCGUCAAGACGGAGAUAGUCAUAUCUACCGACUAUGACAACCAACCUUGUAUCCGUAUCCAGGUUUACGAGGGUGAAGGUGCCAAGACUUGCGACAAUAACCUGUUGGGCGAGUUUGAGUUCUCCAUUCCUCCAGCAUCCAAAGGCGUUCCACAAAUAAUUGUGUGCUUCGACAUUGAUGCCAACGGUAUCCUGGAUGUCUCUGCCAAGGACAAAAACACUGGUGAGAAGAAGAAGGUCACCAUCAACAAGAGGUUCCAUUUAAAACAAUAAUUAUUUAGUUAGUAACGAUGGAAUUAAUAUGCAAGUUUUUACAAAAUAUCGUAAACGAUAUCUUGUGGUGCGGUCAUAUGUAUCAUCAUAAUAUGCAGAGUACUCAUCAUGUCUAAAGCUCUGAAUGCAAGACACUCAACAAACAUUGUGUUGUGAUUUGAAUAUAAUUAAGAAUGUUAUGAACUUCAAAA